UUACUCCAGCCUCCGCGCUACUGACAAACAUCGCUGCAAUGAGAACCUGCAACAUACUUCUUGUUGUAAAUCUAAUUUUUAUCGCAUCAUUUCCAGAUCUUCUGGCAGAAACACUCAAAGUGACUGGAUAUGUUGGCAAAGAGGUCAUUUUGAAAUGCCAGUCAGAAAACAUUACUCAAGUUCAGUGGGAUUUUGAGGCCACGAAUAUUCUUGUUUUCAACCCCCAGCAUGGAAUGGAUAUAAAAGAUUCUCACCUAAAGAAAAGAGUGAACCUCAUAGAACAGUCACUGAAAAUUAGAGAUGUGAACGUGACAGAUUCAGGGACUUACACCUGCACUUUAACUACGUAUCCCAGUGGAUCACUUAGAAAAACCAUCAAUCUUGUUGUUACUGGUGAGCCUGGCCCAGAACCAAACCAGCAGACACAAAUGUCUGCAGGGAUACUUUGUGCGAUCAUCAUCUCUGCUGUGCUGCUUCUAGGGAUCCUGACGGCUGCAGCUUACCUUACCUUAAGACAUAAAGCGGCAAACAGACUUGAAGUCCACAUUGAUGCAUCAAGUCACGCAACAAGUGUGAAUUGCAGGGACCCAGUGAGCUCAGAGGAAGUGGUGUAUGCUGAUGUGAGGUCAAAGCGAACCAGAAAUUCAGGAUCUUCACUGAAUAAACUACCAAGAGCAUCUGCAAAAGCUGAGGAAGUGACAUAUGGGGAAGUCAAGGUUUAUCAUCAGAGGUCCAACUUAGAGACAGCGUUUAGUGUUUGAAUGUUGUACAGAACAGAUUUGCUGCAAAA